AUGUCCUGCCAGCAGAACCAGCAGCAGUGCCAGCCUCUGCCCAAGUGCCCUGCAAAGAGCCCAGCACAGUGUCUGCCUCCAGCUUCCUCCAGCUGUGCCCCAAGCUCUGGGGGCUGUGGGCCCAGCUCCGAGGGCAGCUGCUGCUUGAGUCACCACAGAUGCCGCAGGUCUCACCGUUGCCGGCGCCAGAGCUACAACUCCUGUGACAGGGGAAGGGGUCAGCAAGGCGGGGGCUCCAGCUGUGGCCACAGUUCUGCGGGCUGCUGCUGA